AUGUCAGAAGUUGUCAAGCGUCAACGAGAUUCAUCUACUACUCCUCAACCCGAAGCAAAACGUCCUAACCUAGAGACCGACAAUACUUUCCCACAAGUCCAGCGCGAGAACACGGACAACGACGACAAAGAUCAAGUCAAGCUUGAGAACGAAGACGACGACGACGACGACGACGACGACGCCCCGGGCUCCCCUAUUGACCACACCCAUCACACCACUGCUGACAACAUGGCUUCAGACGCUUCGACCAAGCCAACCAAGGAGGAGAAGGACGCUGUCGACCUUGGCUCCGCUCUCACCGCAGAUGCAACCUCCAGCAGCGACGUCAAAGGCGACAACGGUUCCGUCUCUAAUGGCGCUGAUGGUGACCAGGCCGCCGGUAGCGUUGGCGACUCUUCCGAAACACAGGCCACUCAGAUCUCGAUGCGAACCUUGAUUGUUACCAGCGACGCCAGUAUCAUCAUCGGCAAGUCCGGCAAGCACAUCAACGAGAUCCGUGACAAGAGCAAUGCACGUCUCAACAUUAGCGAGAUCAUUCCUGGCAACCCUGAGCGCAUCUUGACGGUUUCCGGUCCCCUCGAUGCUGUCAGCAAGGCCUUCGGUCUCAUCGUUAGAAGAAUCAAUGACGAGCCAUUUGACCAGCCUUCGGUCCCCGGUUCCAAGUCUGUCACCAUCCGUUUCAUCGUGCCCAACUCGCGCAUGGGUUCCGUGAUCGGCAAGCAAGGUUCCAAGAUCAAAGAGAUCCAGGAAGCCUCCGGUGCCCGCCUGACUGCCGGUGAAGCCAUGCUUCCAGGCUCCACGGAACGUGUCCUGUCUAUCUCUGGUGUCGCGGAUGCAGUCCACAUUGCAGUCUACUACGUCGGUACCAUCCUUCUGGAACACCAAGACCGUAACGCCAACAACCUUGCUUACCGUCCCACUGCCGGUGGACCCUCCACUCGUCCACCGGCCCCCGCCAACCCCUACGCGGCUGCCCAGCAGCCCUUUGGUUACGGCGCCCAUGCUCCACCCUUCGCUGGCGCCGCCGCUCCCGCAGUAGGCGCAGGUGCAGGUGCACCACAACUCCCACCCGGCUCCCAAACCCAACAAAUCUUCAUCCCCAACGAUCUUGUUGGUUGCAUCAUCGGCAAGGGAGGCUCGAAGAUCAACGAGAUCCGAAGCAUGUCUGCGAGUCAAAUCAAAAUUAUGGAACCUGGUGCCGGUAUUGCUGCAGGUGGUGGAGGUAAUGAGAGGCUGGUCACCAUUACUGGUCCUCCGCCCAACAUUCAGAUGGCUGUUAGUCUGCUUUAUCAGCGUUUGGAGCAGGAGAAGAUGAGGCUGGCACAAGGUGGUGCGCCUUAA